UCAGGAAUAGCACACCAUCUGGCAGGCCUGCCUGGUCAUCCACCAGAAUGGGCAAUGUUGGGAGGUAGACAUGCUUAUCCGCACGGACCAUUCAUGCCUCAUCACCAUCCUCAUUUCCCUCACCAUAUGUUUGCCGCUCUGGAUCGUCCUCCGAAUACUUCUCCAAGGAUAGCAAACGAAGCAUCUUCAACAUCACUGGGUCCAAUAUCAAUAAACUGCAGCAGUGCCCACAGUACUACAUCACCAAAAGCCUCACCGAACACACAAGUUGGACUCUUGACCACAGCCGAUGCUCCACCUUCGCCAGAAGAAGACGACAUAUCUGUUACUGCAUCUCCUACUCCAUCACCACAACCACCCCCUACCUUUCCAGGAAUACCACCUCCACCCUUACAAAACAACCACCUGUUCAACAACGCCCUUGCUGCCAGUUUGUUUCUCAACGCACCACUUUUACCCCCACCAGGACAGUGGUUCUACUCCCAGCUCUACCCGCACGAGUGGAGUUGGAUCAACUUCAGAAACAACUCGAUACUUUCGAGGAAUUCACCCGAAGAAGACAUUUCUCAGAAUCCGGAUAGUUCCAGUGACAAAGUGGACGUUACUGAGGUUGACGACGAUGUUAAAGACGAAGACGUUAAAGAUGCUCUCAAAGAUAUUGUUGAUAAAAGUGUUGACAAGGACAGCAAAAGUUCCGAAGGUGUGAAUUUGAGUCUCAGAUUGAGAAAAAGCUCUGCGUCUUCGGUCAGACAAAAAGAUGUUGUGAGUUCGAGUGAUAAAGACGAGACGAAGUGUUCACGAGAUGGCUCUAGACAUGUGUGGAGGCCAUACUAGUUUUUAAACUGUGCAAUGUUUCUCGAUUGUAUUUUGAUCUUGAAAUCUGAAGAAAGGGUCAGUUGAGUUCAGUGUUGAUCAGUAAUUUCUGAAAUUAAAUGUUUUCAUCAGAGUUCACGGCUUUGGUUUACAAAAUUUCCGGCAUUUUGAUUCGAAAUCUCGUUACCAUAUACAAGAACAAAUGGUUAUGAACACUCUUGUUGUGUGUUGAACUCAUUGAAAUAACUGUUGAAUAAUAUCAUUGAUUUGGAAUGUACAGAAAUAUAUUUCACUGUGGAAUGUAUUUGAAUUUUGGUCCCUCCAAUUACCACUGAAAUGAAUGGUACAUGUUGUUUUCACAUUCAAUAUGAAUUGUACAUAAAUGUAAAUUGUUAUCAUCAUUUAU